AUGGGAUCAGAUGUUAACCAAAUGAAUUCAGAAAAAAAAGUUCGAUAUCUGCGAUCUGAUGCAACUCCUUUAUCUGAUGAUAAUAUACAAGAUAUCAUUAAUACUAGAAAUUCAAUAAAAUAUGCAUUAGAAGCUAUAGCAAGCAAAUACAAAAUAUCAACAAGGCGUGUAUAUCAAAUAUGGAGAGGGAAUCAUCUACUAAUAGAUUCUAGAGAAGAGGCAUUGCGAUCAAAUAUUAAUAUACUUAGCUUAAGUGAAGAUUCCAAUCAUGAUGCUAAUAAAUUCGAUUCUGCUUUCACAGCAUGGGAAAACAAGAUACAUGAUAUUAAAAUUAGCAAAUCUACUGAUUUAGCUUUGGAAGAGGAUGUUGUUUCAGAUAGUAAGGUGAAAAAGACUGAAGGAAGAAAAUCGAGGACUGAAACUGUUCGCGUUUCUAAUUCUAUUUCAUCUACUGAAUCUUCUGAAAGUGUCUUGGAUUUGUAUAAGAGAAGUAGUUCUGAAAUAGAAAAAAUUAGAGCAUCUGGUCGUGCUCUUACAAAUAAUGCGAUUGUACAAUCUUGUAUGAACUCAUAUUGCUAA